AUGAUUCGACAAGACGCGCAUCGAAUCGACCCAAAACGUAGGGCCACGAUUGAUCACAAGAAAAGACAAUUUGCGACGCCGACCUACAAGCAGCAAGACUACCCACAUCGCCUGAACCUGUACGAUACGCCCCCGACGGCGGAGAUCACGCUUGAGCAGUUCGAGCAAUGGGCUAUUGAUCGUCUGAAGGUACUGGCCGAGAUUGAAGCAUGCUCUUACCGCAACAAGUCUCCCGCGGAGACAGAAGCCCACAUCACACCACUCCUCCAAAAAUACCUCCCAUUAUCCUCCAACACUGCAUCACCGAACGGUGCUGCAGAUCCUCGCUUGAAGAAUGAGCGCCAAAAAGACCACUAUUCACAUUUCAUCCUUCGUCUUGCCUUUUCUGCGACGGAAGACCUUCGUCGCCGCUUUGCGCGUGCAGAGACGAUGCUGUUUCGAUUCAGAUUUCAGAAGGAUGAUUCCCGCGAGAGGCGUGCAUUCAUCGAAAGUCUCAACCUGGAUUGGGAACCUGUGAGCGAGGAUGAACGGAAUCAGAUUGCCGAGCAUCUCGUCAGUGCAACUCCCGGUCUGCGUCGGGUGGAUGAGGAGACGUGGUAUAAGGUGGACUGGGAGAAGGUUGCGGAGCUCGUCGAACGGCGCUCUGUUUUCAUGCGAGGAGGCAAGGCAUAUGUGCCGGGUAGAGAACAGCUAAGUAUGAUCAUGGCGGAAUUCACAGCGCGAUUAGAGCGGUCUUUAGAGGUAUAUAUGCCCUUCAAUUCAAAGGCUGAAGCAGUUACCCUACUGAUUAUGCAACAGCUUACAAGCCGCGCUCUUCCCCGGCUGGACGAAGACGACCGCCUCACGCCCAUUCUCAAUCAUCUGUCCAAGAAUUUCGGCAGUGCAGAAUCAGUGUACUCCGAGGCCGAGGGUCACGUCGACGGCGCCGCCAUCACCGGUAGCUCCAUUGACUCCCUCGCUCAGCAUUUCCCCUUGUGCAUGCGCAAUUUGCACAUGAAUCUGCGCAAGAACAACCAUCUGAAGCAUUUCGGGCGAUUGCAAUAUACUCUCUUCCUGAAAGGUAUCGGGCUAUCCUUAGAGGAGUGUAUCUUGUUCUGGCGUCAAUCGUUCAAGGGCAAGACCGACGACGAGUUCAAUUCCCAAUACAAGUAUAAUAUCCGUCACGCCUACGGCGAUGUAGGAGGAGAUGUGAACCGGCGCGGUCGUGGCUAUCCUCCUUACUCGUGCCAGAAGAUUCUCGGUGACAACAAUGUGGGAGUGGGACAAGCACAUGGAUGCCCCUACCGCCAUUUCUCAGUCGAUAACCUGGUAGGGCUGCUUCAGGGAACUGGCGUUCAUGAUAAGGAAGUCCUUCGCGGUGUUCGUGAGGAUGUUGGCAAGCAGCGGUAUCACAUUGCGUGCAACAGGGUUUUCGAAUGGAGCCACAAGACUGAGAUCAAGAAAGUGAAAGAGGACGGGACAUGGAGUCAGGCCGACCUGGACACCAUUGUUCACCCCAAUACUUACUUCAAGCGCAGCUAUCUGCUCAAGUCCUUGGCCAAGGCUCCGCCCCGAGGUGAAGCUUGA